GGGAGGUGCUUGAAACUGACUCAACCGGACUUCUUCAAAACUUUCCCUGCUUGCUAGUGUAACUGUUCCAGAUCUGUACCUCACAGCUGAUGAGCGUCAAGGGAAUGUAAGGAGCUCUGAUGACAUUAAAAAAGCAUGUGAGCUCACCUUGGAUUACAUUUGUGGUCAACUCUGAAUGGAAUACUCAGCAGACAGCGGACUCGGUCGGACAUUAAGCAUUCUCCCAUCAGCAUUGACAAGAACUUUACAUACAAUAAUAACUUUGUGUCCUGAGGAGCCAGCUUUGGUGAGGGCUCUUCCACAAUGAGAGACCGCUUGGAGGAGCUGCAGCACAGGGCUCAAGACCUUUCUGAGGCAGCAAGUGAGAAUACCAACCCUUUGUCAGCGGACGGUGAUAAUGAUGACCCCAUGGUGGCCGGGGUCAUAACACCACAGGCUGUGGUGUUUGAGGAGGAGCCAAUCAUUGAGAAUUUCCUGUCUGAGGCUCAGCAAAUCCGAGACGAUAUCACAGUGCUGGACAUAGAGGUCCUUAAAUUCGGCCAGCAGCAAAAGACCCUGGUGGCAACAAUGCGUCGGUUCAGUGUGAUGAAGAAAGAGAGCAGUAUAACCCGGGACAUCAAGCUCCGGGCCGAAAGCCUCCACCGACGCUUAGAUGCGCUUUCAAAACAGGUCCAAAGGACUGAGGACAGGCAGGGACCUACUGCUGUUACAACAAGAAUACAACGCUCCCAGCAUGCAGCACUGUACCGGAAAUUCCAGCAGGUAAUGCUGCAGUAUAAUGAAGGUCUGCUGACCAAGCAGGAGCGCUGUAAGCACUUCAUUAUCCGGCAGCUGGAGGUAUCGGGAAGGGAUGUGACAGAGGAGGAGGUGAAUGAGAUGGUGGCCACAGGAAAAUGGGAGGUCUUCAAUGAGAACCUGCUGAAUGAUGUCAGAAUCACACGGUCACAACUAUCUGAGAUUGAACAGCGACACAAGGAGUUGUUGAGCCUGGAGAACAAUAUGAAGGAGCUGAGGGACCUGUUCAUGGACAUUUUCAUGCUGGUGGAGGAACAAGGGGCCUACAUUGAACACAUCCAGACCAACGUAGAGAGGACACAGGAUUAUGUGGCUGCCUCAAAUGAGAAGUUCAAGUUGGCCGCCAGGUACAAGAGGAAAAACCCACUUCGACAGCUGUGCUGCUGCUGCUGCCCUCCCUGGAGAUGCUGCUUAUAAAACAUAUGCAUUAUAUCUCAACAGGCAUUCCAAAUAAGGUUUUUAUUUCAGAAGUCUUACUUACCUGUUUGGGGGCAAGCAAUGUUGGAUUCAAGUACCAUUAAAGUGAAGGUUAUGGUACUGCGGUUUUUGCUGUUGAACAGAACGACGGUGAAGACAGAUUCAGCAGAGCAUAGAAAACAAUUAGGAGGAAAGGCCAGAAUUGGUAUUUGAGGCACUUGUUUCUUUCAAGUGGAUGUGAGGCGACUGCUAUUGGAAGAGACAGUUCAGUGAGUGCUACUCACCAACACUGCUGCUUAUUGGAGACCUUCACUGUCAUCUGACAGAGGUCACAAACAAGGGGAGACCACUGCCUUUGCCACUGCCACUGCUAGAUCAGCAAGACUGAUAUUUCACCAUUUUUUUCAAAAGAGCCUCUCAUAUUCUUUCUGCCUCAGGAGCUCUAGUUAAUGACCAUUUAUUUUUUAUACAGUAUGUGCACUUUAAGACUUCUCCAUCUUUUUUCUCUCUAUUCUUUUCACCACAAAUGUAUGUUCGAACUUAACAUAGUGGAGAAAGAUUUUGAGCCAUUAUGUAUUCAUUUCAUUUUCGGUCCGCAUGCUGAUGAAAAAAAAAAACUUGUUUUACAAUUAGUCAUUAGUCUCAUUUGCAUUUCAAAGUAUGAUCCUUUUCAGUGAAAAAAAUAUUAUUACUUCAUUCGGUUUCACAGAGACAAGGAUUCAAGUAAAACUUUGAACAUUUGAAUAACGAGUCAUGAUCAAACUAUUUUUGUCACGGUGACAGCUGCAGAAAAUCAUUGAAGUUAUUUGUUUAAAAGUAAGAAAGAUUUUAUGUCCUACAUUUCAGGAAAUAUUUAAUGAAUUAAUUUAUAUUUUGGAGUGGAAAUUCAAUGUACUGAAACUGUUAGAUUUCAGAUGAAAAGAUCUGGCGUUCAUGUGUAUCAUUAUUAUUAAAAUAAUUGUCACAUAAAAAGGGAGCAGUGGCUUUAAAUCGGGCGAAAAGCUCUCGUCGAGUACCAGCACUAUGAAAUAAAAUACGUUGUAUGGCAUUAUGUUGUAUUACUGAUCAACAGACUUACACCAGUUGACAGGUAAUCAUCUCCCGUUUCACCUUUUACUUAAUGUCGAGUCGAAAAUACCAACUCAUUUUCCCUGCUGGGAUAAUGACUAAGAUAUAAUAAGUCAGUAAUUCAUCUGAGGAGAUACAGUCACCCCCUUAUUGGCACAAUGGCUCUAUACUAGCUUCUCAUCAGCACUGACAGUGAUGGUCUUUAGUGACUCAGUGACCCAUGGUGUCUGGUGUCCGGGACAAAAUACAGGUGAACUGGGCGUGCCAGAGCCAGACUGGAAAAUCUGGUUUGUCUGCGGUUCCAGGGCGGCUCUCAGACAGCUACUGUGUGUACAGUGUGUAAACAGAACCGUUAACUUAUCGCAUAUGGUAAGAAGACCCACCAUGGUUAAAUAGUCUUCUUUUUCAAUAAAAUGACUACCAGGCUCACAAAAAAUGUAAAACAUAUUGACCAUUUUAACUUCAGCUUGACAGACAACCAUAAAAAUGCCCAAAAAUGACGCUUUUGUAAGUCAGUUUAGUCGCCUCUCCAGGGAUUGAUAAGUCAUAGGAUCCUAAAGAAACACACCUGUCAAUGUGGUGCUUUACUUAGGUUAACUAUCAUAUACACUGUUCCCUCAGGUCUAGUAGAGGAACCAGGUGUGACGUGAGGGGUAAUGAGUUCUGCUAUCUGACUGGAAAAGUCUUUCCCCGAAUCUGUGUUAUAAAUCAGUCUCACUCUGAUUAGAAUUAUAUUUUGAAAAAAAGACAUAAAUACAUCAAACAUGUAAAUUUGAAUAUGUAAAUCAAAUAACAAUAUAUUGUAAUUCAGCACAGCAUAGUUUCUGCCUCCUCCCAGACACAGUGAAGAAAAAUGAAGUGCCGCUGCAAAUUGCAGGGUUCUUGAACAGCAACAAUGCCAUCCAGUGUUCAGUGAGAUAAUUGCCAGUUAAGCAAUAGGUUAUCACUUGAUGUUUAAACUGUUAAAGGCCAUAUUACUACAUAAAUAUGUAAUUAUGGAAGUGUCAUACUUGGAAAACAUAACUACACAGUGUGAAUUUCACUCCCAAAAGUUCUUAGAAUGAAAAUAGAGAUAUUGUUGUUGAGCCAUUAACAGCUCAUGGAGGUCUUUACUCAAAGCAAAAAGAAAGAAAAGAAGAAUACAUUUUUACAUUGAUCUGUUACACAGUACACACUGUUUCUACCUGCUAACAAUGAAAAUAUAUUUUUCUCCUCCACAAAAUUAAGACAAUAAGACAACAAAACAGUGUUCUGUUCUCUCUCUCUCUCUCUCU